AUGGCUCCAUGGUGGUACACGGCAGGCAGCGCCCUGGCUCUGUCUCUUCGGGUGGUUGCUUGGGACUAUUCAACUUAUAACUCGAUGGAAUUCGAGCCGCCGAAGCUCGAGGUCAACAAGACCGGAACUACCGAUCCCGGCUACAUCUUCCUGGGUCCCCGUGGAGACGUUCAGGACGCUGGCUGCGCUGCGCUAAUUUACGAUGAUGCGGGUGACCUAGUUUACGAAGGCCCGGAAGAGGUGACUGCCAAUUUCAUGGUGCAAAAGCUCUUCGGCAAGGAUGUUAUCACCUUCUGGGCCGGAGACAUGAUGUCCAUCGGCUACGGUUAUGGAACCGUGCACAUCCUUGACAAUACCUAUAAGGAGAUCUACACUGUCCAACUGACCGGCGACUUCGUCACCCCGGACGGCUCAAGAAAGGACUCAUACUGUGACAUGCACGAGAGCCACAUUACUUCCCGCAACACUCUCAUUUGCACCGCCUACAACGUCACUCAGCAUGACCUGACUUCUAUCAAUGGUACCUCCUCCCAGUGGAUGCUGGACAGCCAAUUCUAUGAGAUCGACAUUCCUACCAACCAGGUGCUGCACGCUUGGAGUGCACUUGACCACGAGGCUGACAUUCCCCUGACCACUUCCCACCAGGGUCUCGGAAAGGAUGUUGGUACUCAGGAUGCCCCCUAUGAUGCCUACCACAUCAACUCCAUCACCACCACCAACAAUGGCUAUCUUGUCUCGCUGCGCCACAUGUGGUCAGGUUACUAUCUGUCUCAAAAUGGCAGCGUGAUGUGGCGGCUGAGCGGCGAAGACGGCGCCGACUUCAAGCAACUUGGCAAUGCCGAAUUCUCGUGGCAACACGACAUGCGCGUCUACAACGAGACCGACAACGGGCUCAUCUUGAGCUUGUUUAACAACGCCAACACCCCGACCGACGAACAAUCGGAGACCACCGGAAUCAGCCUGGCCAUUGAUCUGAACAAGAAGACAGUUACCGGUCUCCGCUCUCUGACUGACCCCAACGACCCCAUCCACUCCGUGAGCCAGGGCAGCUAUCAGCUCCUCAGUGAGGUAGACAGCCAUGUCUUCCUGGCUUAUGGCUCCAUUUCCAAAGUCAAGGAGUUUGAUGGUGACGGUACCGUCAUUUUCAGUGCUCAGUUCGGCGACGACAACGCUGUUGCAUCUUACCGUGGCUACCGCUGCCAGUGGACUGCUACUCCCUUUUGGAAACCCUCCGUGUCCGUCAGCAAGACUAGCUCCGGUGCCACCGUUUACAUGAGCUGGAAUGGCGCUACUGAAUAUGACAACUGGGUCGUCUACGCGGCUUCUUCUGCCACCUCUACCAACAACACUCAGAUCGCCACAGCUAAGCGCAAUGGUUUCGAGACUUCUGCUACUCUUGUCGAUCCUCCCACCAAUUUCGUUCAGGUUGCCGCUCGUAAGGGUACCACCGUUGUCAGGACCUCGGAUAUUGUCUCAUUCUAA